UCCCACUCCUGCCACACCCACACGGUAUUAGCCAUACACGUCUCCUUUCCGCAACAAGCGCAAGGACCCUCCUCCCCUCCCUUUCUUCUCCCCCUCCUCCCCGUCCACCUUUGUUUGUCUGCAAAGUAUUGAGUACCAUGGCGGCCAGCGGAGCGCUUUCUGCGCUCGACUGUUCGCUGCUCUCGCCCGACGUGCAGGCGCUGCGGUCAUUUGUUCUGGGCUGGAUGAACUCGGUGAUUCUCGGCCCCGAGGGUGCCGGGGCUAGCGGUGCCGACAUGCUGCGCGACCUGGGCGGUCCGCGCAACUGCCUUCGCGACGGUAUGGUGCUUGCGUCGCUGUGGGCCAAGCUCCAUCCCGAGGCACCACCGAUUGCGCUCGAGGCGGCUGAGAACGAGAUGAUGGAGAAGGCCAACCUUUGGGUUGUGCUUCCGGUCAUCGAGGCUGGCGGCGUGGCGCCAGUGGUUCCGAGCCACGCGUGGGACGCAUCGUCUAUCCACGAUGGCGACCAGCUCGCGAACUUGUACCUGGGUCUUGCGCUGGCGGCGCACGCGGGCGUCGUGCUCCCGCGCGACGUGUACGCGUUCCAGGACAACGAGGCCGGCGCCGAGCCCGAGCCGCUGGCGCUGACUCCGAUGACGGUUACGGAGCCCCGCGGCGUGCCGACGCUCAUCGCCAAGGUCCUCGUCGACGGCAAAGACUGUGGCCAGAACGUGAUUGUGCGCGCGAGCCCGGUCCUUGUCGGCCGCUUCGACGACGAGGAUCCGGAUGACUCGGACGGUGACGUGCUCAUCGCUGACGGCUCGGUCUCGUCCGAGCAUUGCACCAUCUGGUAUGACGGGACCAAGUUCAUGGCCAAAGACGAGGGCUCGACGCACGGAACGCUCGUUGCCCAGCCGUGGUCGCGCGCACUUGUCAACCUCGGCUCGCGCGACGCCGAGACGGGCAAGACCACCGCACUGUGGCGCGGCUCCGAGUUGUACCUCGGCGACUCGCAGCUGGUCGUCAUGGCUGUCGAGUCGACCCACUACUACUCGGACUAUCCGCUGCUCGCCUCGCCGCCCGGUCUCAACCUCGACAUUGUCAACGGCGCUACCUUUAUGGGGAUGACCACCAUGGGCGUUCACUAUCCAGGCACCUCGUUUGGCGCAUGCCUAGAGGCCGACGUGCCCGAAGACGUCGCAGCCCUCAAGCUGGCGCACGCCACCGUCGACGACCUCGAGUCGCUCCAUGCCACGUUCUACUUCUCGUCACUCCUUGGCCGCUACAUCUUCACCAACUAUGCCGCGGUCCCGUGUGCCGUGGCACCUCCGUCCGGUAGCCCAGCGGGCGCGUCCUGGAUUCCGGUCCAGCGCGGCUCGUUUGCCUUUGUCGACCACGGCAUGCAGGUCAAGCUCGGCGACGUCUUUGUCUUUGCCGUCUCGGUCAUCCCGGCCGACGCUUAGCCGAAACAGCCAGCUUCUAACCGUGGUAGUCGUCGGACUCGACAGCCUUGGCAUCAAACUCGUUGCGUCCUGCCUCAUCACCGCUGUCGCCUGUUCCGAAC